AUGCUCUACGAUUCGACUUAACCAUAUGAAGGAAUCAAAGGAGGAACUUCCUUCACUUAUGAUGAUUACUUACCUAAAAAAAGAAACAUGUCUACACUAUCAACAACAACAAAAAAAUAAUAACAAAAGACUUAAUCUUCAGUAGCUACUUCUAAUAAUGUUGAAGAUAGAUUGCUUGACUAUGAAAAAAGAAGAUUGAUUAAAAUUUAAAAAAUGCAAAUGGAAAUCCUAUCAAAUAAGGAAAAUCAAUCAAUUCAUAAAAAGUUAUAAUAAAAAUUUGCUUCUAAUAAAAUUGUAUAGCCAAAUGAAUUCAAAUCUACAUAACAAAAUAGUAUUUUAAGUCAAUGUAUGAAUAACUUUUUAAAGAAAAAUCAAAAAGCCUAAGUUUACUUUUGA